AGUACACUAACUAGUACACUAACUAGUACACUAACUAGUACACUAACUACUACACUAACUAUUAUUACUACACUAACUACUACACUAACUAGUACACUAACUACUACACUAACUACUACACUAACUAGUACACUAACUACUACACUAACUACUACAGUUAUUACUACACUAACUACUACACUAACUACUACACUAACUAUUAUUACUACACUAACUAGUACACUAACUAAUACACUAACUAGUACACUAACUAGUAUUCUUACUACUACACUAACUAGUACACUAACUAGUACUCUAACUACUACACUAACUACUACAGUGACUACUACACUAACUAGUACACUAACUACUACACUAACUACUACAGUGACUACUACACUAACUAGUACACUAACUACUACACUAACUACUACA